UUCCAUUUAGAAAAAAAAAUACUAGUCCCAUGGUGCAACGCGAAACGCACUAGCGAUUCAGAAGACGUACGCGCCGAGGAGGUGCUCACGCAUGCGCACUGUGAAGUGUGUCUCAUGUGGAGGUCAGAGACUGAGGAGCACUGACAGAAACCAGAAAAUAAAAUGGCAGCCCGGCUAUUCGAGACAGUUGGCAAGAUUGGCCUCGGCCUGGCAGUGGUCGGUGGAGUCGUAAACUCUGCGUUAUAUAACGUGGAUGCCGGACAUCGUGCCGUGAUCUUUGACAGAUUCAGGGGCGUAACGGACGUGGUGGCCGGUGAGGGGACGCACUUCAUCAUUCCGUGGGUGCAAAAGCCGAUCAUUUUCGACUGUCGCUCCCGGCCUCGCAACCUUCCAGUUAUUACUGGAAGCAAAGAUCUGCAGAACGUGAACAUCACUCUGCGUAUCCUCUUCCGGCCCCUUGCCAGCGAGUUGCCCCGGAUCUUUACCAGUAUCGGAGAAGAUUAUGAUGAGAGAGUCCUUCCAUCCAUUACUACCGAGAUCCUGAAAUCCGUGGUGGCUCGUUUUGAUGCAGGGGAACUGAUCACGCAGAGAGAGUUGGUUUCCAGGCAAGUAAGCGAAGAUCUGACAGAGAGAGCGGCUACUUUUGGAAUCAUCCUGGAUGAUGUGUCGCUGACACACUUGACAUUCGGCAGGGAGUUCACAGAAGCUGUGGAAGCUAAACAGGUGGCCCAGCAGGAGGCCGAACGAGCCAGGUUUAUCGUGGAGAAGGCUGAGCAGCAGAAAAAAGCCGCUAUAAUCUCUGCAGAAGGAGACUCCAAAGCCGCUGAAUUGAUCGCGGUCUCGUUAGCGGACGCAGGCGAAGGCUUAAUUGAGUUGCGCAAAUUGGAAGCUGCUGAAGACAUUGCUUACCAGCUGUCCAAGUCUCGUAAUGUCACCUACCUGCCUCCGGGGCAAUCUACAUUACUACAGCUGCCACAGUAAAGUUGGAGAAUGAAGAGGGGGCUUUACUCACAAUCCCCAGUUCUCCACGGCAAUUGAUCUUCCCCAACAUGGACUUCUUGUGAAAGGCCACAUCAGUUAGAGAUGCAGUUACAGGGGACCAUGUGUAACAAUGUGAAUGUUCUACUGCCUUCUGGAAGGGUCAACCGCUUGAACUUUAUUGGUAGGUUACCAAAGAAUCAGUGCAACAUUGACACAAAAUUACUUAGUGACCAUGACAUGCCUUAUGGGGUGAAGGGCUAACUCCAGUAGUGAAAGUGAUCUCUUGGUGACAUCGUAUUGCCCCAGUUAACUUUGUGAGUGCCCAUUGUUAAUCGCAAAAUUUUGCAAUGCACUGCAAGAGUCUUUGCCCGCAACUGUAAAGCAAUGUCAAGUGUCAAUCAUGUUGUGAGCGAGUCUAUAUUCCUUUAAAUAUAUCUGUGCAUAUGGGAAUUCCCUAACAAUGUCAUCUGACACGUACACAAGGAAAAUAUAUUUUAUUGUCCCUUACGUUUAAAUUCUGCAUGAUGGAGAGUUCAUGGUUUAUUAAACUGAACCAAGAUAAGGAAGUUAUUACAGAAAGCACUGGAGACUCCAUAUUAAAUAAGCACUUAAUGAUUUCAUUCCUUGUGUUCAUUGAAAAGCAAAUAAAUGUACACAUUAUUUACAGUUUUGGAUGAAACAAUCCUAAAUCAUCUCACCUGUUAAAAAGACACUUUUUUUCAGGUCACUUUUUCUCUCCCUAGUUGGCCCUUCAAUCCAUUAAACUGAUGGCUUUUGUUACAUGAAGGAUCAUUAUUUUUAGUGGGUGAUGCUCCUUAACAUACAGAGUUUCAAAGGUAACGGAUGGUCCCUAAAGGCAAAAAAAUGUCCAAAUUCUGUUUGCCAUUGUAAAUGAAUAAAUGUUGGUUAAUUUCAA